UCGCUGGGGACAGUGCAGGGGGUAAUUUAGCACACAACAUGGCUUUGAAAGUGGGGUGUGAGGGAUUGGCUGGUGUUAAUCUGAUUGGGAUAGUGUUGGUGCAUCCUUACUUUUGGGGCACAGAGCCAGUUGGGGAAGAGUCAACUGCCCCUGCAGCUGGAAGAGAGUUCAUUUCUGCUUUGUGGCGUUUUACUUACCCUUCAACUAGGGGAUCCGAUGACCCCUUUUUCAACCCGGGUAAGGAUUCGAAGUUGGGGGAAUUGGGUUGUGUGAAAGUGCUGGUUUUUGUUGCUGAGAAAGAUAUCUUGAAAGAUAGAGGAGUGUAUUACAGUGAGAUACUGAGAAAGAGUGGGUGGAAAGGUGUUGUGGAGCUCAUAGAAGCAACGGGGGAGGGCCAUGUGUUCCAUUUGGAAGAUCCAACUUGUGACAAUGCUGUGGCCCUGGAGAAAAAGAUUCUUGCUUUCUUGAAUUAGAAUAAUUUGCCUGAGACUUUGGUGUGCUUAGUAAUAUGACCAUAGCCUCUAAGCCAGGUUUGUGGUUGUACUUCUUUGUUUUUUUUUUUUUUGGUCGAAGGUUGUACUUCUUUGUUGGGUUCUUCUUUUCUUCAUCUGUUUUAUGCCUUGGAUUA